AUGCUGCCCGGUUCGGAGUCUACAGCUGCCGCCGGUGCGUCCUGCUCCUCCGGUGUGGAGAUAGAUCAGACAGAAGCCUUGCUUCAGCACCUGGCCAUGAAGGGCUCCAUCUGCUUUCACCACAUCGCCGUCUGGCAUCAGGCAUCAUGGAUGGGAGUGGUGGAUCACCACACUCUUGUUUAUGAAUACUUCAGCGAGAGGAGAUUGAGGAGCCUGAAGAUCGAUUGGGGCAAGGACGGCUUCUUCUUUGCAGAUGGCUCUGAGGAUCCGUGCCCAGCUGGUGAUGUCCUAUCACGGAAGAUGUGCCGCGUCACCGGCAUGGAGGUUUGCCAACAGCUGGAGCGGGUUACCUGGAAAAAGUACGACCUCAUGAAGUGGAAUUGCCAGCAAUUCUGUCGACAUAUGUUCGAGCAGGUGCCCGAGGUCUAUACAGGGAGCGGGAUUUUUUCUCGUUACUUCCAAGAUGAAGGAGAUCGCACAUCCCCUCCUGCGCCGAUAUUUGUGGGUGUUGCACCCAGUUUCAUUCGCGCAAUGUGCAAGUGUGAAACACUGUUUGCAUACGAAAAUCCGAAGCACGGCAGCAUCAAGCCACGUCUAGCCAACAGCCCAGCCAUGGCUCCUUCCACAUCCUCCAUGGUGCUCGGCGCAGCCGCCACGGCCUGGUUCACUGGCUUGGCCUUCACGGCUCCAGGACAGGUCCGCACAGCCCCGGCACAGGCACGGCCAGGAAACGUGCGCGGUGCCCGGGCACAAUCUGGCAGCACCGGCUUCAGUGGAGCCACUGCUCUUGGAGGCGUUUGUGUGACUAUGGCCCUGGCGAGGGGCGGAAAGUCCAUGAGAAAGGCGCUGAGCCAGGAUGAACUCAAAAAGAUGGUUGGCUACAAGGCCGUGGAUGACUACGUGCAGAGUGGCACGGUGAUCGGUCUCGGCACAGGCUCCACCGCCGCCUUCGCUGUGGAGCGCGUUGGUGAGAAGUUGAAGUCAGGAGAGCUCAAGGACAUCAUCGCCAUCCCGACCUCCAUCCGCACCCAGGAACAGGCGGAGAGCCUGGGCAUUCCCUUGGCGACCCUGGACACCCACAGUGACUUGGAUGUGGCCAUCGAUGGUGCGGACGAGGUAGAUCCCGCUUUGAACCUCGUGAAGGGUGGAGGUGGGGCACUCUUUCGGGAGAAGAUCGUGGAGAUGUGCGCCAAGAAGUUCAUUGUCAUCGUCGAUGAGUCCAAGCUUUGCGACGGCCUUGGCCCUGGCUUCCCGGUCCCUGUCGAGAUCGUGCCCUUCUGCCACGAGCACACCAUGCGCAAGAUCGCCUCGCUGCCGGCGCUCAAGGGAUGCGAGCCGGUGCUGCGGUUGGGCGACGUGGCAAACAACCAACCGGAUGGAGAUGAGCCGGCAGUGACUGACAACGGCAACUACAUCGUGGAUCUGAAGUUCACGAGCCCCAUUUCCGAUCCUGUUGCAGCCGGUGAGCAGCUGAAGGCCACGGUCGGUGUUGUGGACCACGGCCUCUUCACGAGCAUGACCACGGCCUGCAUUAUCGCGGGCAAGGAGGGCAUCAUCGUCAAGGACUAA